AUGUCUGAAACGGCAGAUUCGCGCGACUCAACUAUGGCGCAGGACUACUACGCCAGUCUUGACCACGAUGGCUCGCUUAUGGAAAGGUUCAAAGAUAUCGAUGAUAAGACUCAGUUCUAUCAUGCUAUGCACCGUCUGAAGGACCCUCUGACUCAGAAUUUUGUGUUGGAUUUCGGCAAUGAAGAUGCAUGGUGUGCGUCCGAUCUAAACACCAGCGAGCUGAAGCUACUGCUAAGCAAGCCCGCUAUUACUGCCCAUUAUGGGGUAUCGGAACGACUACAGGGAAUGAUGUGCACAGAACCAGUGCGCCCAGAGCCCGAACCUACACCGAUACCAACCAAAAGAGCUUCGAUGUCACCCAGUGUGGCGCCAUCCUUCCAGCAUGAAGUGGAUGAUGCGGAAAGUGCGCUCAAACAUAUCCCCGAUGCAGAUAGAGCCCGCGAGAAGAGCCUCACCUUUGGGCAAGUCGCCGACCAAAUUUGGCAUUUCUCUUCGGUGGAUCAUGGUCCCCGGUACACCUGCAUCGGCUACAAUACUUUAUUUGUGAUCCCCACCUUAUCACAGUCGAAUGGCGAGGAUCUCCCAGAUGGAAAGCGGCUUUGGACCUGGUUGAUCCAGUGUCAAGAUGGUACAAUAAUUUCAAUUCAAGAGAAUCCUUUCGCAAGACGAAAGGAUGGAGUGCCGAUAGUCGAAGCUAAGCCGGUCUUGGAUAUCGUGCGCAGGAAUAUCCAGUUCAUUUUCGCUGGUGUAUCAAAACAACACUUUGUCAUGACCGAGAGCGAAUCGCUAAUUAGCAUCCGCGUGCGACAUUUCAGUGAUCUUGGAGCGGACCACGCCAAUAUCAAGCAGGAAGAUGGACCGAGUCUGCUCUUUUAUUAUAUAUUUGAUGAUUGGAUGUCGAGUUAUGGACUUAUUGCAAAGCGAGAGCAUAAAUAUGGUGUUGCUUUGGAGAAACUGAGGCGCCAAAUGCUCGACCGUCCGGUCGUGGAUUUGGUGAAUGAGUUGCACUGGCUGGGCAGGCGACUCGCAGUUCUUAAACGAUUGUAUCAAAGCUACGAGCUUAUCAUGCAGCGACUGUUGCAACGGCAACGCAUGCUCCGUGACGAGGCCCGUUCCUCCCAGCCCACAAUUUCAUAUGGAGCCACCUUCGGCGAUAUGGAGUUCCAUGAUAUGCGCCAAUCGAGCCUCGUGAGCAAUCACGGGGUCUAUAAUACAGCCGAGAAAUCGGUGGGGGUGCAGCUGAGUUCGACGGCUGUGGCGCGGUUCGAACGGUUGGCUGAUCGUAUCAAUCUUUACUGUUUGAGCGAGAUUGAGAAUUGUCUCAAUGAGAAGGAGUCCUUAACGUUCUUGAAUUUCAACUUGAUUGCGCUCAAGGACUCGCAGGCGGUUGAGAAGCUCACUCGCAUCACCAUUCUCCUCGCCAAGGCGACCAUUUUGUUCUUGCCGGUCAGCUUAAUGAGUGCAUAUUUCUCGACUGAACUUAUUGGGGUGAAGAACGGGUACACCAAAACGGAGUACUGGAUUAGCUUCGCGGUCAUCUUUGUGUUAACCAUCUUGCUGUUGACGAUCUUCGGGUACGCCAGCAAUACCAUGGAAGGCAAGCCGAUCUAUCGCUCGAUGGUCAAAACGUUCUUCCGAAACUCUCGGCAACGGAUGUCACGACGAUCCGAAUAA